AUGGGAUCUGAAAUUCAGGAACAGUUGGAUGGAGACAUUUUUGCCCUUGCGAGCUUAAUUGCAUUGGCGUUCGUGGCCGCCAUAAGUGUGGCAGCGGCUGCUCCUGGCGGUUGCUGUGGAGGAGGUGGAGGCGGUGGCGGAAGUGGAAGGGGUGGUGGAUAUAGAGGCGGAGGCGGAGGUAGCUUUGGUGGAGGAGGUGGAUCAGGAGGCGGCAGCGUGGUCCGGGCUCGGCUGGUUGGCGUGGGCUCCCUCUCAAGCAGCGGCGGAGGCGGCGGUGGAGGCAGAGGUGGAUUCGGCGGUGGAGGCGGAGGAACAGACAUUGACAUUGACGCCCUUGAGCUUAAACCUCCUGAUUUCAAAGAACAGAUACUUGGCAUCCCCGAGGACAGGGAGUAUAAAGGGAUCGGUGAAGUGAGAUGUAGUCAGUCUGCAGAGGUUUGGCCUCAAAAUAUGAACAAUUAUAUUGCAUUGGCGUUCGUGGCCGCCAUAAGUGUGGCAGCGGCUGCUCCUGGCGGUUGCUGUGGAGGAGGUGGAGGCGGUAGCGGAAGUGGAGGGGGUGGUGGAUAUAGAGGCGGAGGCGUAGGUAACUUUGGUGGAGGAGGUGGAUCAGGAGGCGGCAGCGUGGUCCGGGCUCGGCUGGUUGGCGUGGGCUCCCUCUCAAGCAGCGGCGGAGGCGGCGGUGGAGGCGGAGGCGCAGGUGGAUAUGGCAGCGGAGGGGGUGGUGGCUACGGUGGAGGCCGCGGUUGAGGCCCCAGCGUAGUCCGGGCUCAGUUGGUUGGCGUGGGGUCCCUCUCAAGCAGCGGCGGAGGCGGCGGUGGAGGCGCAGGUGGAUACGGCAGCGGAGGUGGAGGAGGCUACGGCAGAGGCGGCGGCCCCAGCGUGGUCCGGGCUCAGUUGGUUGGCGUGGGGUCCCUCUCAAGCAGCGGCGGUGGAGGCGGUGGAGGCGUCGGUGGAUACGGCAGCGGAGGUGGAGGAGGCUACGGCAGAGGCGGCGGCCCCAGCGUGGUCCGGGCUCAGCUGGUUGGCGUGGGGUCCCUCUCAAGCAGCGGCGGUGGAGGCGCAGGUGGAUACGGCAGCGGAGGUGGAGGAGGCUACGGCAGAGGCGGCGGUUGGUAAUGUGGCUUCGUGACAAGACUCAACCCAAGAAGAUUGAAUGAUAUAAAUAAAAUACGAAAAUGAAAAACAGUUCUUUGCAACCAUGACUUUCUUCUCCUUUGAUGCAAUUCUCUUCAACGAAAGGAAAAUGCAUGUUGUUUGGGUCUUCGGGUAAACUGCUCUUGCGAGUUAU